CUAUCAAGAAGUGAUCGGACCACAAUGCCCAAAGCGUGUUCUAGGGAUGGGCCAUGGGGUGAGCUCGGUUGAUGUCUUCGGUCCCCCAUCGAGUCAAGGUAGUCAGGGUUGCAGCAAGCGUUGUCAGGAGGAUCGAACCAAAGAAAGGGGGGAAAAUGAUGAGAAAAUGAAGAAGUUGGAGGAUGAGAUCGUAGAUGUGAGGAAUGCAGUCCCUCACAUUGUUGAAUCUGUCUUGCAGAGACUUGGAGUGCGGCUGCCCGAGUCAUUCGACAUGGAUCUCAACAGUGAAGCAAAUGGGGAACAAGGUCGAGUUGGGAAAACUCAGGGUAACGAUGUGGCCAACAACGAGUCCAAUGACGAGUCCGACGACGAGUCUGAUGAGGAGACUGCUGAGGAGACUGUUGCUGAUGCAUGAAUUUAUUUUUAACGCUAUCGUAGGAUUCUAAGUAUAGCUUGACUUUGGGAUAUUUUGUGUCAUUUUCGGAGGAUAUUUUGCCUUUUGAAGUUUGGAUGUUUGGUCGUAGCUUAUGGCUACUUGUUAGACAGUUCGAAAGUUAAUUUUGGAAUAUGCACAACUUUGUUUGGAUGAUUUGUUUGUGUUGUCAUCACUAGAAGUGUAAUGGCGUCACAAAUGAAAUUUGAUCAAGCAAUUAGCAACAAAUGCCGCCGUCGUUAAUAGAUGUAAUUGCACAAU